AUGGUGGCGCAACGAAUGCUGGGGCAUGUGCGCGUCGAAGAGCGCGAAGACAGUUUGCGUUGGGUAUCCUUCUUGGACGUACAGAAGAGGAAUGACGGUGCUGGGACUGGUAACGCCGGCUACUUAAUACAGAGUGCUUCGUCGAUGAAUCUGAUGAGAAUACGGCAUCUGAUGGCAAGCGUACAGAGAGAGAACGAGCGGCACAGAGACGACGGCGACGAUGACGACGACGACGAACAUGACAACCAAGCAUGGUCGACUAAACCUAAAACGGUUGGCGCACUUGUGACACAAUUUCUCAGCGGGUUCCUGGCAACGGCCGGGAGCAAUACGGGAUCUGAGGGUAAUCUCUUGCGAUACGAACAGAUACUGCCAUUGCAGCGUGGACCGUGUGACUACCUUGUCACGCAGGUUGCUUACCCGAGUAACACAGUAAACAGUUGUGAUUGCUGA